AUGUCGGAUGAGUCCGAUGAUUCCAUAGACCCAGCUGAGAUUUACACUCCAGAUAUGUUCAUGGCCGAGCAGAGUGUCCUAAACUCUUUUGCCGGCCGAAUCGAUGCAAAGAUUAUUGCCAAAUUUGAUGAAGGUCCAUCUAGGCGUAUAAGUGGUCCAAGAAAGUACAUCAAUAGAAACCGUGAAGGAGCUCAUGAGCAACUUGUGGCUGAUUAUUUUGCUGAAGAUCCUCUCUACUCGGAUGCAAUGUUUCGUAGAAGGUUCCGAAUGAGAAGGCAUUUGUUCUUACACAUUGUGGAAGAACUAGGCAGGUGGUCUCCUUAUUUUACUCAAAGAGAAGACUGCACUAGACGCCUUGGGCACUCACCAUUGCAAAAGUGCACAGCAGCAAUCCGUAUGCUUGCAUAUGGAACUGUUGCUGAUGCACUUGAUGAGUACUUGAAGGUUCCUGAAAGCACUACAUUGGAGUGCUUAGAACACUUUGUGCAAGGUGUGAUUGAUGUAUUUAGUAGUAAGUACAUGCGUCGCCCCACAAUUGAGGAUACGGAGCGUUUGCUCCAAAUCGGAGAGUCUCGUGGGUUUCCUGGGAUGUUAGGAAGUAUUGACUGUAUGCAUUGGCAAUGGGAAAAUUGUCCAGUGGCAUGGAAGGGACAAUAUACCCGAGGUGACCAAAAACACCCAACCAUUAUCCUUGAAGCUGUAGCAUCAUAUGACCUUCAUAUCUGGCAUGCAUUCUUCGAUAUUCCUGGGUCCAACAAUGAUAUAUACGUGCUCAACCAAUCCCCUCUCUUUAUUGAAGCAAUAAAAGGUGAAGCUCCCCGAGUUCAAUUUACUAUCAAUGCGACAGAGUACAACACAGGGUAUUAUCUUGCUGAUGGGAUUUAUCCCGAAUGGGCAGCCUUUGUAAAGUCUAUAAGGUCCCCUCAACUUGAGAAACACAAGCUAUUUGCAAGGGAACAAGAAGGGAAACGGAAAGAUAUCGAGCGUGCUUUUGGGGUGCUGCAAGCUCGCUUCAACAUCUGGAAGAUGAGGGAGAGAUGGCAGAACAUCCUAUUGACUUAA